UGAUGAUGACAGUUUGCGCGCGCAUUUGAAACAGGAAAAUACAAUUUCAAACAUAAUUUAAAAAUACCUCAAACAAAAUACAAAUAGUUUAUAAUGUUUAUAAUAAUUAGUUAAGCAACACUAACCUGGAGUAUAGGACACGCGUUUUGUUAUUAAAACAAACAGUUUGUAAAAUCACAUAAUUACAACUAUGGUCAGAGUAAUCUCAGUACAUCACUUCGCCAGUCAGAAUGUCCAAACUGUUGAACAACCUACAGCAUGUACAGUGGCACCUCCAGACCGACUUUUGCUGGCCCUAACCAGCAACUGCAUAGAAGUACGAGAUUUGAAGAAUGAUUCUGAAGUACAGUUCAGUUUUCCAACUGUUGAUGAGGCUAUACAGAUUGUUCACUGCCUAAACGGAGACUAUGUGGCCUCUCUGGAAACAAAAUUCAAUAGACAAAAUCGAGAAACCAAUUUUGUCAGGGCUUACGUGAACUGGGACAGUGUGGCUACUUUACAGCAGUCAAAAAUGACUUCGAGUAACAUCAGUUUAGGGUCAUCAGAAUGUGGAAUGGUGCAGCCUAUGAGAGCCAGAAUUGCAGGUCGGGUCACACCUACGACCAAUCAAUCUGAGUUAGGGUCUUUAGAAAUGAUUGAGAUACCUGUCAGGCGAAACCCUAAUGCUAUAGCUUGUUGCCAGGUUUCCGGCAAUCUAGCCAUACUUUCCAAUCGGAUUAUAAACAUUUACAAAUUCCACGUACAAACCCACGAUAUUUCCAGAUUAAAGUUUGUUGAUUUCGAAGAAAUGUCAUUUAUGGUGGAACUGUCGUUCUUGGCAUUCGAGAUACAAAUGUGCGAGAAUUAUAUUGUGGCCAUGGGAUUAGACACCACUCAUAUGUUUAGGAUUUUAUAUUCAACGGAGGAGGACGAAAAUGCUGGUCUGAAUAGGGCAAAUACCGAGCAAGAUUUUAGUUUUUUGUAUGCCUCUGAUGAACCUAUAGACUUCAAGCAACUUAAAAAAGAAGAGAGAAACAAAAGGGAUAAAAUAACCGUCAAUUUACCGAGCAUUAUAAAAGAAAACAGCUUAAUUCACAAACAUAGUCCUUUCACUUUUACAGACAAGGAUUUAAAAGCGAUCAUUAAACCGAGUUCAAGUUUAGAGAAAAAGAAUCAAAACUAUAAAAUUCAAGAUCUAAUCCAGCUUAAACUUGUCCCCAUUUUAAUUGAAAACAACCAAAAACAAGUAUCGGAGGAGUUUAAAAGUUUAGCGCUAAAGCCUCUUUAUAUUGACGAUCAUUUUAACAAGAAAAGUUAUGAGUCAAUUGAUGCCGGACUGAGCAGUAGUUACAGAAGCUGCCUUAACAGUGUUGCUUGUAUGAUUGCUACACAACAGGAGGGAUAUCUGCAUUUCUUUGGUGAUAAUGAUACAUCUUUGGAUAAAGAUAACUGUAUUGCUGUCUACCCAUUUACUGCGCCGGUUUUUAAAAUUAUAAUGGAGGACUACUUUUUACAUGCCCUAACUGAGACUGGCUUAGAAUCUUAUACUUUGAGAAUUGGACAUCAGUUGUGUAGGAAUUUUGAGAAUAUUGAUAGUUCACAAGUGGCUAUUCCUUCUAUAGAAGAUUCCAUAUGUUUGGUGGGCCUAAGGCCGUUUUUAGGAGUAGAGCGGUUAUUGUUAGCUGAUAAUUUUCUCAUUUUGAUGGCUAAUUCGGAAAGUAGUCCUGCACACUCUGUUAGUUCCAGUGGAACCAGUAGUGGAAGCUCAACCGCCACAUUUAUAACCCUUUACUCCCUAGAGCUACCCACACCAAAAGUAGUGUUUAACGACAUAUCCAUUGUUGCCAACGUGCAUAGAUUCAGCUCAGCCCAAACCUACUGUCAUCUCAUGAGCGAGGCUCACAUGAUUUUAAGAAUGGGUUUGAUGUUAAAAAAAUGGUCGUUUGGGGAAGACAGUAGCGUAAAACUAAUCAUGGAAAAGCGAUCGACUAACGAGGAGCUAGUUGAAACUUAUCGGUUAUCAUGUGCGCUGUUAGGAGACCAUUAUUUGACAUGCCAGAAUGAAGACAGUUUUUCUCUAGCAGUACCGUAUUAUAAAAUGGCCGUUAUUAAUCCUCUAGAUGUCUUAAAAAGGGUUAAGAAGCUUCAAGAACAAGCAAAUGCACAGUUUUCAAAGGGCCUUAUGUACUACCUGAGGUACACUUUACUUAAAGUAAAGACCAACUACGAUAUUGAUAAGUACUUCAGAAGCGGCUCGAAAAACAGCUUCUCUGAAGCAAUGCUAGAUUUGCUUGAGGGACAAGGAUAUUGCGAUCUUCCUAAUCUGAUUUUAAAAAGUAGGAUACUGCGGGAAUAUUCUACUGAUAAACUUAUACAUAUCCUAGUCGAUAAGUGUUCAGACGCCACAAAUCUUUCUGAGAAGAACUUAGCACUAACACUUCUAUACAUCCAAAAAUGUCACGUCCCUAAGGCAGAGGAACAUCUCCAUAAUAUGACUAAAGAAACAUUAAUAGAUUUACUGCUAGAUGAUUGGGACCUUCUUUUUGAAACAACCAUAAUUACUCAGAAUAAUUUACAGAGAAACCAGAAAGGGACCACCAGUUUUUCUGAUUUGACAGUGGUGUUAAUUUCAGUAUGUCCUGAAAUCCUUUCAGAGAUUUUCGUUACAUUAAUUGUAGACAAAAAGGUCAUUGGAUUGAAUAAAAUGAUCAAAAUUUUCUUAGAAUAUCUUCCGUCAAGUAUCGGCAAAGACAGCAACUUUGCCAGCAUAGUCCUGCAACGAACCCUUGAAUCAUUCUUUACUAGGCACUUUUCUAAAGCAGAAAAUGUCGAUUUAGCCAAAGUUAUUUACGAAAAAGGGGCAACUGACGCUAUGAAAUUGUUAGUUAGGUCAUACCUAUCACAGCUUCAACUUUUACAACUGAAGAGGGAGGCACAAGGUGGACGAGAGGGCAAAAAUAACAGGACAAAUGCUAUGGACUCUGAGAUUAUUUCCACUUCCAAUGUCGACGAAAUCGAAAAAGACAGAGAUCAAGAAAAGUUACAAUACAACAGGAUUUAUAAGACGUACUUUAACGAAACGCAAAAGAAGCCAAAAGACGAGUAUUUAUUCUCGAACAUACGUUACGAGUACCUAGAUAAAAUGCCCCCGUUUCAAAUCGAUAUAACCUCAAAACUAUAUGAGAUCUGUAUAGAAGGGUUUGUAGCGAAACCUCCCCCUCUAGAAAAUCCCGAGGCUGAUAUCGUACUGAAGAAGUUACAGGCUUUAUUAUGUAGUAAAGUGGUGCCGAAGCAAGUCAUUUUAGAGGUUAACGGCUUUUUGGCUGUUAAUGAAAACUUAAGGGGAGCAGACAGCCUGAGAACGAUCACUAUAGGUAUUAAUGAUGCUGUGAUUCUUCUGCUGGACGUUUGUCCACAGUGUUUGCUUCAAUUCGCUAAAGAUCGUUUCACCAAACCAGAAGAAUGGAAGUUUCUUGUGGCGACUUUGCAGCGGCGGAUAUUGAAGCUGGCACAAAAAGAAGCCCUGAAGAGGAUAUGUUUUUUCCAUAAGAAGAUCCUUAAAGAUGUGCUAACUCACGCCUCCUCGACAUUCUCCUUGGACCAACUAAAGCUGAUCUUUCCGCAACGGUUCAGCCAAUCAGAAUCGACCGACUUCGAAAGCUGCCAGGACCUGUUACUUAACUGCAGCAACGGCGACAGUUACGACAAAAGAUGUCAAAUCGACGGGCUAUUUACUGAGGAAGAUAUAGAGAUAAGUAACGACGAUUCCGAGAUAUUAAACGAAAUCCAAGAUUACGACCAGUACAUUAAUAUGUGUAAAAAUAAUCAGAGGGCCAACGAGAUUAAUAAAAUGUUGACCGACAAAGCACAACAACUAUUAAAUACGUUGAAUUUGUAGUUGACUUACUAGAAAAUAUUAAGGUUUAUUUAGAA